AUGUCCUUCAACACGAAGAACAUUUCUUUCAGAUCUCCCCUUGAGGAAAUUAUCUCUCCUGCUGAGAACACCAGGGCCACGGGCCGUGAGGAUGGUCGUCGGGAGAUCAGAGGAGCCACACGGAGUGGUUACCCAUACACCCGGGAUAUCAACCCGGCUCAGACGAUCGCUUAUCCAUCGCCGUAUAACCCUAAUGAUUCUACUUUCUGGCGGGACGCAGGAGUAAACAAAUAUACCGCCUUGCAUUCCCACCCAGUCCACCCACUUCAUAUCCCCAGCGGAUACACUCAGAACGUUGGCGCAGGACUCGAGUCGUAUUCGCCACAAGGGACGCGUGCAAGCUAUGAGCCGCGUAGUGCUAUCCCCACUGCUGUAGACAGGCGCCAGGCAUUAGCCGAGGAACUUGCUGGAGGUGCUCAGGUAGCAGAGGUGUCUUGCAUGCCUCACUACCAACCUCUAAUCGAAAGAGCUCGCAAUGCACCAGGCUGGGAUGACGACCAGCGCGAAAACCGCACUCCUCUCACGCAGCGAGUAACUCGUCUGCCACAUGGCCCAACUCUGAAAAUCGCAUCUGCGGCCGACGAGAUCAUUUUGGGAACAGGCAAAAGUAACCCGAACUAUGCCGUUACCGAAUUGUCGGACCCCGCGAAACUUCGGUAUGUUGACAGGCCAGUGUCAACCGAGCAAACAAGCAGCGAAGACGACGAAUACUCUUCCGACUACUCGCCAACCACCCUCCCCCCAAUCACCAAAGAUGUCGACCGACCCCCCAUCCCCCCUAGAAACGCCACAAGAAGCGGGGUUGGGGGCCAGGCACGACACAACAAACCAAAGCCAGCGCCCGAAAACCAGACAGAGCUCUUUUUCGAAGAUGCACAUGCGGGCGAUGAGCCGCCACUCACGCCACGCCAAUAA